UGCAAUAUUCUAUUUGUCCAUGCAAUAUUGACAUUAACAAAAAAACACGUUUGUGUACGUAAGAAAAGAUUUCACAAGUUUUUUUUUCGUGUUGUGUUGAAAAAUCUGGAAGACGAUCUGCUGAUCGGGAGCUAGGCGCUAAACAUUAUUCGCCCUAUUAAACUCUAUUAUACUGCGCAUAUUCGUCAAAUAAUCCAGCAUAAAGACUUAUGCUUGGUACAUAACGUCAUCUAAGUUUAUUAGAAGCCGCAAUAUUUUACUUAUUUUAGGCUGGAUUUAUUUUAACGGGGCGUUGAGAGGGUGUUCAAUACGGGCGUUUAAUCCUAGUUAAGCUCGCUUCUCUUUAUACAAACUUCAUGUUUAAUUUAUGGUGCUAAUUUCUUUUUAAAAAACACAAACCACACAAAUUCAAAACGCCCAACUAAUCUCUCAUUACGUUGAUACAAUACGGUAAUCAAGGUGGCAAUUUUUUUUAAUUAGAUAAAUUAUAAAAAUAUCAUGCACUUCAUCUUUCUUCGUGCUGCGCACUUAUUGUUUCAAUAAAAAUAGACUUUAGUGAAAGAUCAUCAGCCACGUUUAACGUAGUUCUUGGUUAUUGUUUUUUUGUUUAUUUGUUUACAUUACUCUCGAGGUAUAAGUUUUCUUCCGUUCUUUUGUUGAUGUAACUUUAUCCUCGCUUCAAGUUGUCAAUCAACAAAUGUAUAACACUACCCUUAAAUCGUGAUGUUUUUAAAAAAUUGUUCUCUGGCUUGCAAAAAUGGCUUUUCGAUGUAAAUACUCGCACGGCUGAUCUAAUUUAUGAAUUAAUGCUUUAUUAAAUAGCCAUUGUUGAACUCAAAAAGAAACGGAUUAGAAAUUAGGUUAUUAUAAUUUAUGAUUAAAAUAAUUAACAUUCCGGCAUAAAUUAACGAUAAAGCUUUUGGAUGUGUGUUUUUAUAGCAGUUAUAUAGAUAGAACAAAAUACAGUUGGAUUAAUGAGAAGAUAAAGUUUUACGAGAGAAAGUUUUUUCUUUAAAAUUAUAAAGUUAAGAUUCAUUAAAAAUUUAAAAGUAAAGUUUUAGUGGUACUUAAAAAUGCCGAUGGUUCUACGUGAUAAAAGACGCUCGUUACAUUUAAGUCCGAACGGAAAGCUCGCGGAAUUAACGAAAGAAGCUUUCUCAAGGCCUAGAAGUUGGUAUUUGCCCACACAGAAUGUUGAUAUCGAUCCAUACACAUCUGUACGAAAGAUUUUUUACGAAUUUCCUAAAAAAGCAUUUUACGGUGAGAACGAGGAAAAUGGCGGUGUUAUUGAGAAAGGUUCUCCACAAGAAAGUGAUGUUUUGGCAAGUUACAUGAAAGAGCAGAGUUUGAGAAGUUCGUUUACGCGUUUGGAUAUUAAAAAAUACCCAAGUCCUGUUCCUUCACAUAAAAGUAUGUCAAAUGAUAACAACAACAAUAUUAACUCGAUGUCCCCGCCAAAGAACAGAACAAAUUUAUCACCUUUAAGUUAUUUCUCAUCAAAAGUUUCCGAUACUGCAAGUUUAAAGGAGGAAAGCAGCAAUUACGCAGAUUUUUAUGUCCCGCACGCUAAAUCACCACCCACCAAUUUUUUACGACGAAGUAGUAAGCGUCGAAGUUACGAUCCAACAAAGUUUAAAUCGACGGGUUUGGUGAAGAAACUUGACGACGAAAUAUCGCUUACAUCUGCCGGUAAUUUGUCUUUAAACGUACCGAUAAAAGAUCCGAUAUCACCGGAGUUAGAUAAAUGUUUACCCGAUCAAGAAGUUGAUCCCAAUCCUAUGAUUGAAAGAUAUUUAAGAGAUGCAAAUCAAGACAUUUGUGCAGGAGUUUAUCCAGCGGCUGAAGACUCGAUAUCAGUUCAAAGUGACCCAUACUGCACGACUGACCUGAAAACAGAUUUAUUUAUUCCUUGGACAAAACGUUGGAGUUUCAUCGUCGCUAGUGAGACAAAGGAAAAUAAAUUUAAACACAGAAGAAGUAGUCGGAAAUUCUCAUCGCUUCGUCGUCAGAAAUCUUUCAAUAUCGAUACUUUAACUAAAAAGGAACAGUCAGCGACGAUACGUCGUGUCGGCACUUUUAAGGACAGCACCAAUCAACGCAGCACACCGACAAGUUUGCGACGGCAUAACAGUGAAAAUAGCGGCACACUAAAGAAAAGAAGAAUGAGUAACGUUUCCACCUUAAGCAAACAGAGUGUAGAUUAUGCAACCUUGCAAAGAGAAAGUUCUCGCCACCUGAGACAAAAACGCACCACUGGCUCCACUCGUUUUUUCUUUGAGGGUUAUCAAGACAAGCUGCGCGACGAUAUGUUUUAUGCUGACUCAUCAUCGUCUUGUUCAUCCCCAAAUAUAGAAAGUUCUUAUGAUGUUUUUACCUGCAAGUUAUCAAAAGAAUUUGACGCGAAAAUUUUAAGUAAGACUUAUCAACAGUUGUAUUAUAUUAGAUCGAGAUUAUCAGAAGAUGCGAGAAAAAGCAAAUUUUCGUGUGAUGGCUGUUUUGGAUGCGGUACGGAAAUUCAAUGCACGACUCAAGCACAGUGGGUAUAGAGAACUUUCUUUCUAAAAAUGUUGGAAAGUACACAUGAAACAAAUAUUAUAUUGGAAUUGGAAUCUUCGCAGUGUUGUACAGUAUUCUACCUUCGAUUCACUUAAAUAAUGACAAAUUAUUUAAUAAGUUAUUUUUAUGUAGAUAUAAAGAAAGAUAAUAAGAAUAAUAAAAA